UGUGGAGACCUCAGCCGUGGAGGAGGUCAGCGAAGUCCAGUCCAUCCAGCAGUCGAGGGGGAGAUCGGAAACCGAGCCGGAGCCAGAGACUGAGUCCGAGGCAGCGGCCAGGUCCUUCACACGCUCCUCUAGAGACCUGCCUCCCUUGCAAAGACCCAUGUCAAGACCCAGCUCCAGCAUUUCAGAGAGCUCGAUGCGACAGCGGAUGCGGGAGAAGCUGAGAGCUGCCAGAUCUAAAGCAGAGAGCCUCCUGCAGCAGGAAGUACCUGUGGAGCCUGCCAGUCGCCUUCAGAGUCUCCGAGACCGAGACACUCUCACCAGGUUUGACCGAAAGACAGAGCCUGAACUCAGACAAAUACCAGACGAAGAUUCAUCGGAGAUUGCAGGGAAAGUGAAGUUUCGUGAGGCAGCACGCAGAGUGAGAAUAGACGCCCAGAGAGAGACUGGCAUACCCACAGCCGAAGAGGCCUAUAACUUCUUCACCUUCAACUUUGACCCCGAGCCUGAAGAAGAGCCCAGCAAACGUCGCAAGAAGAGGAGAGCCAGGAGGGAGCAGGCGGAAGGAGGCCAGGAGGAGGAAGGAGAGGGGGAAGGAGAGGAGGAACCUGAGGACCAGGAGAGGGAGGUCGAGAGGGAGCCAGCCAGAGAUGAGGAUGAUGGCGAUGAAGAGGAUAGGGACGAAGAAGCUGCUCUCGUCGGAGAUGGUGAGGAGGACCUGUUCCUCAUUGAGCAGACCUCUCAGGACUUCCUGGAGGUGAGGAAAGCAGAGUACAUUGGGUACAACAGACGAGUCCAGCGCGAGAAUGAGCUGCUCUUCACUCCCAGUGUGCGAACAGUGCCUGCUUCCAACAAGUUGCCUGACAACAUGCAGCCGCGAUACCUGGAAGAAGAAGGCCUCUACGUUGGCGAGAGGCCAGUAGUUUCCCUUACCAAUGAGAACAUUCUGGAAAACCGCAUACUAAGACAAGACCAGGCCAGAAAAUGGUUUGGCGAUGAUGGAAGGAUCAUUGUUCUGCCUGACCCGAUCAAAGAGUCCUCGACCCGACCUCCUCUGUUCCAUAUGGAGGGUGAUUUGGAUCCCUCUCUUCAGACUGUUUAUAGGAAGGCAAUUAAGUCCAAGUACGCCAAGCGCUACAUGCCCGGGGUGGGCGACACCCAGGGGGACUACCAGCUGGACGUGGACGUCGCCGGCCUCAUCUUCUCCCACCACGGCCUCUUCAGCCGCGAGCACGUGCUGGGGGCGCGUCUGGCUCAGCUGUACGACCAGCACCUCAGCAGACAGCAUAAAAACCUCACCCGGCUGCUCACUGAUAAGCUGAGUGGCUUGCGGAACACCAUACGGAACAUGCUGGAACUUCAUGGUGGACAAGGCUUAAGCGAGAUCACACAGCAGAGGAUAGCGGAAUACAAGCAGGAAGUAAAGAUCACCCGUCAGAUGCGAGAUGCCGAGCAGGAGAAGGAUCGGGCUCUGCUGAAGAACACUGUGAAGGUGUGGAAAGAGAUCAAAGCUCUGAGGGAAUUCCAGAGGUUCACCAACACACCCUUCAAGCUCUAUCUAAGGAGGGAGGAGGUUGACAGAGUCUCAGACGAGCAAGAGCACGAGGCUGAGAUUCUGGCAGAGGUGUCCGAACUUCAAGCCGAGAGCCAGGAGGAGUACGAGAGGAAGGUGACUGAGUACAAGCAACAACACGAGGAAUGGAAGACCUGGAAAAAGAAGCAGAAAGACCUGAAGAAAAAGAAGAAGAAGAAGAAGCAGUCUAAGGAUGAGGAGGAGGAGGAAGAAGAUGAGGAGGAAAGCGAAGCAGAGCUGGGCGAGGAGCCCCUCAACCCAGACCCACCUGAAGAGCCGGACCUAGAUGCUGUAGAGCGGCAGGUGCGGGAGAAAGCCGCCAGAAUCCGCCGGAAGCCCGGAGAGCCCAUCCUGGUGCCAGAGUUGACCGCCUCAAGCAAUGUCACUCCCAAUGAGCAGUGUCCCAGGGCUGAAUUUGGGAGAAGGCAGGAUGUGUUGAAGCGCUCUCUAUUUGUGAAAGUUCUGUACAACGACAAAGAGGUCUCCCGCACAGAUAGCCGUGCCCUCACCGCAGAUUUCAGAGUCCACUUUGGCCAGAUAUUUAACCUGAAGAUCAUCAACUGGCCUGAGAGCAUCAAGCUUCAGGUGUAUGAAACAGUUGGAUCUUCAACAACCCAGCUGGCAGAGGUGUUUGUGCCUGUCCCUGAACCGUCCAUUCUUACAGGCAGCGCAACCUCUGAACAACUGGAGUUUAGCAGUAACCAGCGAGUCACGUUCAAUCAUGAGGGAGUCGGCAGUGAUGUGCCCUUCUCCUUUGAGGCGGACGGUAGCAAUAGAUUGACCCUGCUGACCUCAGGGAAGCUGUCCUGCUGUGUGUCUUGGGCCAUCGGAGAGGAUGACAUCCCUCUCGCUCCCCCUAUGACUCAUGCCAGCGCGGGCAUAAACAGUGGGAUAAUGCAGAUGGAUGCGAUUGCAUGCAUCGGAGCCUCAGGUCUGAAUGACAUGAAGAAGUUGGGAAAAUGGGCUGCAGAGUCUCGGCUGGACCCCAACGAUCCCAAUAACGCCUCCAUCAUGCAGCUCCUCUCCGUGGUCAGUGGCGGAGAGGUCACAGUUCCUGAUUAUUUUCGCCUGGAGCAGCUGCAGGAGGAGUUCAACUUCCUGUCUGAUGAGGAACUGGACCGGUCGCGGCGGUUCCGCCUGCUCCGGCUUAGGGCUCAGGAAGUGGCCGAGUUCCGCGGCUACAAGUUUGUGCCCACUCGCGAGCGCGAGGUCUCUGAGAAGGUCUUCCAGGACUAUGAGAAGAGACUAAGGGAUGGCGAGAUUGUUGAUACCAAGGAACACUUGGAUGCCCAUAGAGCACUAGUGGCCAAAUACCUACAGAAAGUACGAGAGUCUGUGGUCAAUCGAUUCCUCAUUGCCAAGCAUCAUUUCCUCUUGUCUGAUGUUGUGCUGGAGGAGGAGGUGCCCACUAUUGGGGUCCUUGGACUGAACCUGUUUAAACUGGCUGAACCCAAACGUCCCUUGAAACCACGGAGGAAAGAGAGAAAGAAGGUGACUGCACAGAACCUGUCAGACGGAGACAUCAAACUCCUGCUCAACAUCAUCAGAGCCUAUGACAUUCCCAUGCGAAAACCCCAAGCCAGCAAACCUUCAGUUGCGUCGAAGUCGACCCGUUCAGUCACAGAAACAUUCACUGCUGGACACUCCUCACAGACAGCCAUGCAAGGCACUGAUUGGCCUCUCAACCAGGUGCUUGUCAGGCCCUUUGUGGAAGUGACGUUCCAGCGCACAGUGCUCCAGACGUCCACUGCCGAUGGCCCUAACCCCUGCUGGAACGAGGAGCUCCUCCUCUCUUUUAGUGCUCCUAAUGGAGAUUAUAGUACAUCCAGUUUACAGUCUGUGAAAGAUGAAGUCUUCAUCAACAUCUUUGACGAGGUUGUUUAUGAGAUAAGUGAAGCUGAACGAGAAAGAGAAAGAGGAGGCCUUUACGCCCAUGUUGAGAGACACUGGCUCGGCUGUGUGAAGAUCCCCUUCAGUACUAUUUACCGUCAGUCCAGGAUUGACGGAACGUUCAAAGUGGAAAUGCCCCCGGUGCUGUUGGGGUACACCAAAGAGAACCAUCUGGCGAGUGAUGGCGGCUAUGACAUUGUGCGCAACCUGACUGAGGGAGCCUUCAUCACACUCUUCAUCACCAUUGAGCCUCAACUGGUGCCUGGCGAGACCAUAAGAGAAAAGUUUGACACGGAGGAAGAUGAGCGUGUGCUCCUGACGUCCGAGUUCUUCGAGAAGGACGCCAUGCAGCGCUUCCCUGACCGGCCUUGCCUCACCACCGUCAUUGACAUCAACGGCAAGACGGUGUUCAUCACGCGCUACAUCCAUCCGCUUAACCCACCUCAGGAGCUGCUGGAUGCUUCGCCCAACAACCCGCAGGAGACCAUGGAGUUGGUGGCUCGCUACGUUUCCCUUAUUCCUUCCCUCCCCGACAGUGUCUCUUUUGCUGGAGUCUGUGACCUUUGGAGCACUUGUAAUCAAUUCCUGACACUGCUGGCAGGGGACGAAGAAGAACACGCUGUCCUGCUCUGUAAUUACUUCCUCUACAUGGGCAAAAAAGCUUGGCUUAUCAUUGGCACUGCCAUCCCUGAGGGGCUCACAGCUUAUGUGUUGACAUAUGAGCAAAGUCGCUACCUCAUCUGGAACCCCAGCAAUGGUCAAUAUUAUGGACAGUAUGACACUUUCUGCCCACUCCAGACCGUUGGAUGCCUGAUAGAUGCUGACAAUGUUUGGUUCAACAUUCAGAUGUAUGAUGCCCCUAUGAGGAUUAGCUUUGAUGUCACUAAAAGCAAGUUCUGGAAGCCUUUCUUCUCUCGGGCUUUCUCUUAUCCAGGGCUCUCUAGCGUACAGCCUGAGGAGUUGGUUUAUCGACGCACAGACAAGGCAGCUGCCACAGAGCUUCAGGACAGGAUUGAGAAAAUACUGCGAGAAAAGAUCAUGGAGUGGCGUCCACGGCAUCCCACCCGCUGGAACCGAUAUUGUUCCUCCACCCUACGCCACUUCCUGCCCAAACUUGAGCUCAGCGGAGGACGGGACGUUGCCGAGGAGCACCGCCUGGAGCUGCAAAGCUUGCUGGGAGAAUACAGGAUAUCGGGCUUUCCCCUACAUCUGCCAUUUUCAGAGAUCCAGCCAAUCAUUGAAGCUGUGUACAGCACUGGAGUUCAUAAAGUGGAAAUGUCUAAUGUGGAGUUUGCACUGGCUGUUUAUGUUCACCCGUACCCCAAUAAUGUGUUGUCUGUGUGGGUGUACUUGGCCUCACUUAUAAGGACACGUUAGGUCUGAGAAUUCCCCCAAAAUGUUUACUUGAAUAAUUUCUCUACAUGCUAAUUUGCACAAGGUUGAGAGCUGUGUGUGUGUGUGUGUGUGUGUGUGUGUGUGUGUGUGUGUGUGUGUGUGUGUGUGUGUGUGUGUAGGUGUGUAGGUGUGUGUGUAGGUGUAGCCAAUUUUAUUUCACUGUAGGCUAUAUAUUAUAAAUUAAUUAUAGAUAUUGUUGUGUUACUUUGAUCAACAUUUUACCUUUUGAUGUUGCUCUCAUUUUCAUACCCUCUCAGUUUUAAUGACUCAUUUAAUCAUGACUGAAAGUUAUGGCUACUUGUCUUAUGUUCCUUAAUUUAUCUUACAAAACAAUGUAUAAUGUGUAGGCUACAUAUGAGAACAUUCACAUUUUUUAUAAUAAAGUUUACCCA